AUGGAUUUUACAUAUAAUAACCUGACGGGUAACCUCCCUGAGAAUAUGUGCGAAACUCUCCCUGCUCUCCAAGGUAUUUUCUUGUCUGGUAACCUGCUUAAUGGUUCAAUACCCCAAAAUCUGUGGAAAUGCAGAGAGCUGCAGCGAAUUUCUUUAUCACUUAAUCAAUUUGAAGGAAGAAUUCCAAGAGAUAUUGGGAACUUGACGUCUGCCACUCUUCUAUCUUUUGGCCGAAACAACUUGACUGGCGGAAUACCAUACGAGAUCGGAAAUCUUCCUAAUCUACAAAUUCUGGGAGUUCAGUUUAAUAACUUAGGAGGCCUUGUCCCUGCUACUAUCUUUAACAUCUCAACAUUGAUAGAACUUGCACUUACGGACAGUAACCUUUCUGGGAAUCUUCCAUCAGGCACAGGCCUAGGACUUCCAAAUCUUGAGAGACUUUACUUGGGUAUAAAUGAUUUUAGUGGGAGAAUAACUUCCAUCACCAACGCUUCCAAGCUCACUUUUCUCGACAUGGGGACCAAUUCAUUCUCAGGCUUUAUUCCGGACACAAUAGGUGAUUCGUUAAGAAGCCUGGAGGUGUUGAGUCUAUCGGAAAAUCACUUGAGAUCUUCUACUCCAGAUUUGAACUUUCUUUCCUCGUUGACAAAUUGCAAACAGUUGAGGAUCUUACAAUUGACGGGAAAUCCCCUUGAUGGAAUCCUUCCAAAUUCCAUUGGUAAUCUUUCCCUCAAUUUGGAAUCAUUUUCAGUCGAUAAUUGCAAUAUCAGGGGCAGCAUUGCUGAAGAUAUCGGUAACUUGAACAAUUUGACAGUCCUACGUCUAGGAAUGAAUGAAUUGACUGGAUCGAUUCCCAUUACACUUGGCCGAUUGCAAAAACUCCUAGGUUUGUAUCUCGAAAGAAAUAAUCUAGAAGGCUUCAUCCCGGAUGAUCUUUGUCGUUUGAAUAAUCUAGUUGAUUUGUACUUGGGCGGUAAUAAGCUUUCUGGAUCCAUUCCUCCAUGCUUGGGUACUCUUACUACUCUAAGAGAUCUCUCAUUAGGCUCUAAUGGAUUAACCUCCAUUAUUCCCUCANAGUUGCAGUCAGUAGGUUGGGGAAGGGUUCCAUCGAUGAACCCUUUCUUAUUUUUUGUUUUCAAAGCUCGCCAGAAGUCUCUGGCCUAA